UGUUGAGUAAUAAAUACACUAAAAAUUAAUAAUUUACACCUGAAUGAUAAUUCAAAUUAAUCAGUGGUAAUCGAAAAAAUCUGCUAAUACUCUUUGAAGCAAGCAAUAGUACAUAAAUAGCCAUAAAUUUUAACCGAAUUUCGAGCAAAUACAGACUUUCCUUAUACAAAAGCGAAUGUGAUAAGCGCACUUAGCUAAUCUGCGACUACGAUAAGCAUUCACGUGAACACUUAAUAAGUACUUUAACGCAAAAAAAAUGUAUAAAUUCGCAGUGAACGCGCAAACUGUGCGCGACUAAGUGGCAUAACCGCCUAGCGAUCGAUAAUUAACGAGUUCUGUGAAGGACGUUUAGCAAAGGAUAUCUGAAUUGCUUGCCGCCAACAACUGUAUUAGUGUCUCCACGCCAUGUUCUCGCUCACCAAGCUCUUCACGCUUUGUAUUGUGCUGAGUAUUUUCGCUGGUUUGCCACGCGCCGCACAGUGCGACUCCUCCUACUAUGAGAAGUACUAUACGGCUCGUCGUUUCAUACCACUCAAGCGCAACUCGUUGAUCCCCUACAACUUCACAGUUUCGCUGAGCGAUCAGCCGAUUGCUAGCUAUGAACAAGUCGCUAUGGUUGGCGAUGCCAAACAGUUGGGCGGAUGGCGCGCAGAUAAGGCUAUCUUGCUCAAUCGUACACAGGAUCACAAAGUGUGGACGGCCAGCGUAGCGUUACCCGUAAAUACAACGGUAAAUUAUCGUUACUUUAUCGCUGCCGUUGACAAUGAGACUGGUGUCGUGCACGUACGCCGCUGGGAAUCGCACAUCAAGGCGCGCAGCUUUGCCGUGGGCACCGUGUCAGGCAAUCACACUGAUGCUUGUGGCUGGAUUGAUCCGAAACAACGCGAACUGCAGCGCGGUUGGCUGAAUGCGGGCAAUAUUGUGCAAUUCAAGCUCUUUCGCAACCCCUUGAAUGUGAAUGAGACACGCUUGGGAAAUGAAGAGCUGCGCUUGAAGCUGCAGCCGGUGGAGCCGCGUCGCCUGUCUGCCAUUCUGCCUUCGGCUAAGGCCAACAUGGAAUAUGUGCGCAUGGUUUACGGUGAUAGUUACCUCCGCGCACAGCCAGAGUUUGGUGUGCCCUACAAGCCGAACGACAUACUCAUAUUCCACUCGACGGUGUCACGACUGGACCAAGUAGCUUACCUACUGAAGUUGUAUGCAACGCAGAACGGCAAUGAGCUGGUGCGGCUGGUGGGUUAUCAAUACAUUUAUCCGGAAUAUUUGCAGGGCACCGAAGGCAGCUUCACCAUAAAUCUUUUGUCGCCCGUUUGGCUGAAUGCUAUUGGCAGUUUAGAAGUACAGUAUUUGGUAAUAAAACCACUGCCGAAUUCCACAAUUGACUUCCACACAUCGUUCGUGGAUUAUUGGCGCAGCAAUUGGACGGCGCUAGAUGUGGGACAUCGUGGUCUGGGUAAGAGUCUGAAGCAGGCGACUAAUGCUCCACCGAUAAUUGAGAAUACGGUCGCUUCUAUGAAGGCUUCUGCAGAAUUGGGCGCUGAUUUGGUGGAGUUUGAUGUAAUGCUGACAAGCGACUUGGUUCCGGUGAUCUACCAUGACUACUACAUCUAUGUGUGCAUGGAUCCCAAGACACCCACCAGCAUCGAUGACCUCACCAAAGUGCUCAUCAAGGAUGUUACCUAUGAGCAGUUAAAAAAUUUAAAGACCUAUCAGGUAAUUGGCAACAAGAUUAUCGAGUAUCCGGCGCACAAUAAUGUGGAGCAGGAGGAUCAACGACUCUUUCCACUAUUCGAAGACUUCCUCACCAAGGUAAAUAAAUCGGUGGGCUUCGAUAUUGAAAUUAAGUGGCCCCAGUUGACAUCGAUUGGAACACUCGAGAGCGAACAAACGAUUGACAAGAACACCUAUAUCGAUCGCAUAGUAGAUGUGAUGCUACAACAUGGCUGCGGACGUUUGAGUUUCUUCACAAGCUUCGAUGCCGAUAUUUGCACGUUGCUGCGCUUUAAGCAGAACAUGUAUCCGGUUAUGUUCCUUUCAUCAACUACAUUGGGCAGUUUCGCAGAUCCACGUUCGGAUUCGAUCUACGACACUGUGAAUAAUGCGCAAGCUUUCGAUUUGGCAGGCAUUGUGCCAAAUGCGGUGCACAUAAAAAGCAAUCCGAAUUGGAUCCAGGUAGCAACGAAACAGGGGAAAAAAGUAUUCUUGUGGGGUGAUACACUCAAGGAUACCGAAUCGAUUGCUUGGUUCAAAGAACAGGGACCAACCGGGGUGAUAUAUGAUCGAAUGGACUUGUGGCUGCCACCCGGCAAGCAAACUAUUUUCAAGUUGGAAGACGAUUUGCCAGAGUUUUUCCAAUUGCAAUGCUCACCGAACCAGCAGAAAAAGCCAGAGAAUUCAACAAUCGAGAGUAUACUUAGCAAUGUUAAUUUAUUGUAGAUAUUACGUAGUGAAUUACUUAUGUAUUUGAAUUUGUUUUACAGCAAGAAGAACUUGUGUUAAAUGUUCCUUAUUUUUGUUGGUGAAAAAGUUUAUGAAUUCUUUCCUGUGUUUUUAUUCUUGGUUGUUGGAGAAGUGGUGAUAUUUCAAGAGUGGUAAGAAAUUGGCAAAUUUGGAGUAAGAAAAAAAAUCAACGAUGAAUAUUAAAUGGUUGUGAAAAAGC